CAAUUCAGACAAAAGGAGAGGGGGACAGAUCCGCGGCGGCGCGCACUGAGCCGAGCAUCUAAGCACCUUGGAGACGCCACGGGUUUGAUCCGACGCGCAAGAACGCACCGGCCCACCGACACACACGCCCUCCAGAUCCACCUGAAGCCACCAAGCCGGUUAAUUGUCCUGUUCGAAGGCCGUGGAAAGGGAGACUGAGCCCCGGUUCAUUUGCAGCCAGAACACCGUGUUCCCAUGAUGUCAUACCUGUGGAUUCUUCUGUUAGGAAGCCUGCUGGCUACAAGCGCCAAGGCACAAGACGACCUGGGCCCAGUUGAGGAGACAGCAGCUCCUGAGAUUGAAGCCCCUGAAGAAGUGACGGCAGGGGGGCACGGAGGACCUGAAAGUGACGAUCAAACUGACCUUACAGCAGAGGAUGUACCACAAACUGAGGGUGAACCUGAGUCUGCUGAGCCUGCAGCCGAAGCAGAGGAACCAGAGACUCCUGCAGCUGAAGAUGCUGAACCAACGAUUCCUCCUCAGGAUGACACAGAACCAGCGAUUCCUCCUCAGGAUGACACAGAACCAACGAUUCCUCCUCAGGAUGACGAGGAACAAACGAUUCCUCCUCAGGAUGACGAAGAACAAACGAUUCCUCCACAGGAUGACGCAGGAUUAACCACUCCUGCAGUCGGGGAUGCAGAAUCAGUGGCUCUCGUAGAUGGAGAUGGAGAUGGAGAAGUAACGACUCCUACAGCAGGAGACAUGGAAGCUGAAGCAGCUGCAACAACAGAAGAGCCAACAACUGAACCACAGGCUAACGAUCCAGAGGCAGAACCUACUGAAAGCGCUGAUACAACACUGGCUCCGACAGAGAAUGGAUCUGAUGAAGAAGCCGGACCAGGGGCAGAUUCACCUGUAGAAGAUAAUCAGGAAGAAACUGAUCAAAAAGAAAGUGAUCCAGCUGCUGCUGCAGAGCCAACAAACAUUGCUGAGGAAAGUGUAGUACCAAAGGUCGCAACUGGAGUGGGGGCUUCUGACAAAACAAGUAAGAACACACAUGCAGAACAUGGCUUAAACUUGGAAGAUGCUCUGUCAGACAGCGACCUUACGGACAACGACCAACAGCAUACAGGAAAGAGCCGCAGUUCAAACCCUGGGGCAAAUGCUGCUAGUGCCACAGGCGAUGCAGACAAGCCUCAGACCAAAGAAGCCAGCUCCAGCUCUUUAGCAGCCAUCCUGAGUGGAAUUGGUGUGGCUGCUGUGGGAGCAGUAACUGGAUACUUCACCUAUCAGAAGAAGAAGCUCUGCUUCAAAAAUAGACAGGAAGCGGAUCCAGAAGCUGCACGCAAAGCUGAUGCAGCAGAGGCUCAGUCAGAUCCCCAGGUCCUUAGCAACCUGCUGAACUCCUCCUAGACCAGCAAUGAUCACAUGACUGUCUGAACCAACUACAGUCAAGCAAAGUGGCAAUCUCACUGUUAGGCUCUAUCCUCUGUAGAGCUAAAUUACUGUGAGGCCCCAGAGUAGGGCUGUGUGUGUGUUUCUGUCUGACUGAUUGUGUGUGUGUUUCUGCCUGACUGAUUGUGUGUGUGUGUGUGUGUGCGCGCGCGUGUGUGUAUGUUUGAGUGCGCAAACAUUUGUUCAUCCUUGAGUGUAUGUGCAUAUAAGUGGGGAAAAACGAGUUAGAUAAGAAAAUGUAAGUAAAUAUCCUGUAUGUGAACCUUAGGGGUUUUAUGAUUGUUACAGUGUAGGAAUUUGUUGGAAAGAUUGAUCAAAAUUUCUACUUUAAACCAAAUUCAAAAGUUUUUUUUUUGUUUUGUUUUGUUUUUUGUCUUUUCAGACGGACCAUUAAAGAGAUUCAGUCUCAAAGUAUAACCAUGAGAUGGCUAACUUAUAGAACUACCUUUUAUAUUGUUAUUUGUAUGGCUACCAUCUAAUUCUAGUAAUUCAGUGUGAAUAGAAACCAGUGACAAUUUUUAAUGUUGUAGACGUUUAACUUUGUACUGAAUUCUUACAUGUGAAAUUUUUAUUUCUGUCAAUCCUGUCAUUGCUUGAGCCAUCCAUAUGAUUUUGAAAAUCCUCUGACACCCAGUCACUUAAGUAAAACCUAUUUUUCAUUAAUUUUCAAUACAAUUAUCUGCAUUACAAACGCAGGAUAGAUGGAUAUCAUGGGACCUCAAUAAACACCAUUUCUUGGAUCCUGGUGAGGAAUAAUAGUAUAGGAUUAAAAUCCCAGGAUUCUGGGGAUGUUCUUAAAUUGGCCAAUCUGCGUUAAGAGGGCCACUGAUGUCACUAUAUGUGUGUGUGUGUGUGUGUGUUUGUUUGUUUUUUGAUUGGUGAAGGGGCUUAGUUUUAAAUCUUGCUGGGUCACCACCACUUCUCCUCAGUCAGUCAAUUAAAUGGAGAUCAGUGAAAUCUCUUAUUAAUCACUCAAAAAUCCAAAUAAAAUAAAUUUGAUUUGAAUCGUAUCAGUUUAUUUACCUAUACCCCCCCCAGCCCCUAAACUUAUAUCGUCUAAAUUUACUGAGGAGAGUUGAGGUGAACUCUAGUUCGACCCGUCGAUUGAACAAAUUCAAAACGUAGUAAUGUAUUAGACAAUGUUCUGAUGUAGCUUCUGUCAGUCUAGUUGUGAUGCAGUAAUUUCUUCUCUAUAGUGCCUUUCACUGACACAGCCUGGCUUGACCAAUUUACAGACACACUGAAGAGAUCAGGAAUGUUAAAUGUGAAAACAGGCAAAAUAGUAGAUGAAUGUAUUAAAAGAUAUCUUAGAAAGAAGAUUCAGGAAUGUGUGAUCUUUAUUAAUUCAUAAAUUCUCAUUUUGGUGGUUGGAAAUUCUUACCUUGAACUGCUUGCGCAGUAACAGCUUAUUGUAACAGCUGCUACAUAUCUGUUCUCACCGGGCCAAUUUCAUGUCUUAUUUCCAGUACUUUUUUGAUAUGAUAUUGCAUCCAACGCUGUUUCAACAACCUCUGUUAAUUUCAGCAGUAACACUCUCCUCACUGUGUCUCUUUGUUUGAGCAAGCCAGUUGCUGUCACAGUGUUUUGUUUUCGUUUUUUUUUUUUGUAUUGUUCAUAUCUCCACAUUACAAACACCAUUCACCUGUGAUUUUUUUAUAUGAAUUUAACAUUUAGCAGUGGUGUCUCUGAGCUGACACAGAUAAUCUUUAGUCAGCUUGCUGGCUGUGGUAUUUUGUGAUUAUUAUUGUGAAAUGCCGAAGCAGCGAUACUACAUUUAAAAAAAAAAAAAAAAAAUCCCAACAGUUUUGCCCCUUUUUUU